UUUUUUGUGUUUUGAAUGUUUUUAGGAAAAAAUGUAAAGAAGCCCCCAAAAUCCUAUCUCAUUCACGCCGGCCUAGAGCCUCUGACCUUCACUAACAUGUUCCCAAGUUGGGAACACAGGGAAGACAUUGCAGAGAUCACAGAAAUGGAUGCUGAUGUUUCUAAUCAGAUAAUCCUUGUAGAAGAUGUGCUGGCCAAGCUGUGUAAAACUGUGUAUCCCCUAGCUGAUCUCUUAGCCAGGCCUUUACCUGAGGGAGUUGAUCCUCUGAAGCUUGAAAUUUAUCUUUCAGAUGAGGACUUUGAGGUUGCAUUAGAGAUGACAAGAGAAGAGUAUAACGCACUGCCAUCUUGGAAGCAGGUUAAUUUGAAGAAGGCAAAAGGACUUUUUUAAGCCGUUUCUAUUGAAUUGAGCACCAAAGGGAUGUCCGUUUUCACUUUCUAUGCCCUUUAGCAAAACUGUGCUCCACAUUUACAAAAUAAAUAAAGGUAAUCUGAAAUUAUUAGUGACUACCUAUCUGGAGGUGUGUAAUAUUGUAAAAGGCCAAGAGAACUCUUUGGAAAUGGAAUUUUCAAUUUUGACUUUGAAGGUUAUGUUUAAGCUCAGCUCUCCUAUGCACUUAAACAGUAGUUUCUUCAGCUACUGCUGUAGCUGUCCUCUGGCUAUCUCCAAUACUUGCCAUUUUUGUUUUUGAAGAAGUUCUCUUUGUAAAGUGUUAUUUUGUUAGUUUGUGGAUUACAAAGAAUUUAUAUUUAUAUAAACACAUAGAACAAGUAUGUAUUUAACAAUGCAAUAUAUAUUCACUUUCAAGACUUUAAUGUCAGAACUACAGAACAGUAGCUGGAUGGCAGUUGCUUGUACUGAAUUAGCUAUACCACCAAUAUGUAUCUCUUGCGCAUUCUGAAAAGUUUCUCUUUGCAAUAGGCAAUGAAUUGUUCUCAGUGCUGCUUCAGGUGCUAAACUGAACAAAGCGUUUGUAUUUAUAGCAUGGAUUUCCUGAGAAACUAUGCGAAUCAACCUUUCUACUUUAAUAUCCAAAAAUGUAUAGUGCCUUGUUUUUUGUGUACAGUUUAUAUACAAAAAAAGAUUGGUCUGCAUUUUGAAGAUGGCUCAGAAUGGUCUCCUCUGUUACUUUUAUAAUAGUAGAAAUAAAAACAUCUCAGUUUCUAAUACUUGUUGUAAACAUUAAACGUCUUUUGUGAUAUAAGAACUGAAAGUAAAAGCUUCCGAAUAAACCUCUUAGCAAUGCUCUGACUUGUCAUUAUUUUGUACUGUAAACUGUACAAAUUCAUUGGAAUCUUCCAUGAUGUGGUAUCUUAUCAAAGAUAUUUUAACCUUACGAAUCUGCAGGUGUUGUACAGUUAUCAUUGGAGAAGCAGAGAAUGUAGAAGAAAAACAUUGUAUAAGAUAAAAUUAGUUUGUAUGACACUUCCAUGCUGCAUGUUGGAACCAUCACACAAUUCCUGUAUCCUCUGGUUGUGGUUUUAUACAUGAAACUAAAAUUAUUAUACAGACUUUCAACCUCUGAAAACCUUUUCAACCUUUGUGCAAUUGGGAGUAAAACUUGAACUGAAAAAGA